GCCAAGUGCAUGUCAGCAGUCACUAAAAGCUGUCGGCUUUUGCGGCCUAUGCUUUUGCAUUUGUGGGCACCUAUGCCUUUAGUAUGGAGGCCACCGCUAUUGUUUGCACAUGUUCUGCACAUGCUGUGGUGGCUCAAGUGCUUGUCGCUGUGCUUGUCGUGGUCGCUGCGCCGCCAUGGCUACAGUGGCUCGGCCUCGGUGGGCUGACUUGGUCGACUCCUCCCAAGAGGAGGUCGAUGAGGUGGCACCGCUGCGAAGUUUCCUGCGGCAUGACUCCUUCCAAGACUCGCAGGCCUCGCAGGGCUCGCAGCUGAUGUCUCAGGCCUCGCAAGCGUCGGCGCUCGGUGAGCUUUUGCAGAAUACGGAGCUCGAAACGGGCGGCGAGUCAUGCGGCCCAACUGCAGAAUCGGAUGUCCGAGAAGCGACUCCACCGCGGGCUCGAGCUCCCUUGUCCUCGGUUUUGGCGGCUGCUGCCAAUUCAAGGACACCACAGAGCGGAAAGGAGCGGAAAGAGCGGAAGCGCGCGCAGACGGGCAGCGUCACCACUUCAUCGCCAGCCACGAAGCGCUACCGAGGAAGGAAGACCGGACGGCGUCGCUCGGCCUCCCGAGACGACGAUGAGACCUCGGUGACCUCGAACGCACCGAAGGUUAUGACAGAGGAGGAGAUUCAGAAGAGGCGGAGGAAGCGCCACAGAGUCAUCGAAAACCACAAGAAGAGAGCAGACUACAAGGCUUUCGUGGCUUCUCACCCCAGAGCAAACAGAGAGCCCAGCCAGCCCAUGACUCCUGAUCCUGAAGAAGAUCUUAGCAAAAGGCCCUGGGAAACGAAAGUGCAGAAGUGGCGCAAGUACGUUCGAACGUGGUAUGCUGAGAACGUUCCAGAUGGUGAGAUUGAUGAUGACAUCAGCGACAUCAGUGAGGAGGAUUGAGCAUAGACACAUUAAGAGGCUUCGGAUGCAUAUGAACAUCAAGGUAUUGUACAGGGUACCUUUCAAUGUGAAAUCGAGUCUUCUGCUGCGUUU